AUGGGAAACUACAACAUUCUUGAGAAGGAGUAUACGCCGAAUAUGGCAUUGCUUGCGACUGAGGAGAAGGAGAAGAGGUAUUUCGAGAUGAGUAAGGAGGUUUCUCGUACGUCUGAGGCUGCCAAAAUCAAGCAAAUUGAGUACAACUACGAUGGUAAUUUAUUGACGUAUUCAACCAGAGAUACUCUCAAAAUAUUCCCAGCCCUGACAAGUGGUGAAAUAUUCCGCCCUAAAAACAUCAUUAGCAUCAAUAUGGAUCAAUAUGCAUUCGUACAGAGCCAUACGCUGGUACACACUGCAAAGGAGAAGAUGUUCUACCUUUCAAUCCACGAUAACAAGUAUUUGAGAGACUUCGUAGGUAACGACUCUCCAAUCCAGGAUAUUUCAAUAGAUUCAAUCAACGAUACGAUAAUGAGCGUAACACGGGAAUCAAUUGAUUUAUGGGACAUCAGAAUGGCCAAUCCAACUAAGAAGAUUCUGAAUCCAAUGCCACUUGGAGCACUUUCAAAUGGUCACUUCUACUGUAUGGCUGAUAACAACUUCAUUGCCAUUUUUGAUAAGAGAAAUGAUCAGAAAUACCUGACUAAGAAGGCCAUUCAAAGCAACUUCUACAAGAAAGUUGCUUAUGUUCCAGAUGGAACCAAAAUACUCCUCAAAACAGCCACUUCGUACUACUUCUACAGCAACAUGGGCGAGUUAAACACGUACAUCACCCUCGAGAACCCAAAUGACGGGGCUGUUACGCCUGAUUCAGCCAAUCUGCUCUGUCCCAGUCGCAAUUACGUCUUCUCGUACAAGAUCGAGGAUAGAAAGAAGCUUGAUUCCCUUGAUACUGGAACAGAAAAUAACAGAAUCAGGGUAUCACCUGCUGGUAACCAAUUUGUGGUAGGAAAUGAAAACAGAAUCCAGGUCUACAAUUUCUAG